AUGGGCAUUGAUCCCAAUAACCAUAGGCUAAACCAGAUCAUUCCUCGUCCGAAUCCUCAAAACGACUGUGUUUCUGCUGCUGCAACAUCAUCUGGAUCAAUGAGCAAUAUUAGUGCAUGUACUAAAGCACCAAUCAAGUCUUCACGUGAAAUUGAUCAAAGGGCCUCACAAGCUACAAGUGUUCUUGAAGAUGAAACUUCUGGUUCAUCAUCUCGUGACUUGAAUCUCGACCUCACCAUUGCUUUUCCUAAUCCUCCACUUCAAGUUGGGGAAGAGAUGCAAAAAAAUAUUAAAGGGUCCUUCACUAUGGCGAGAGAAAUCGAAACCAACCUUCAACAUUCACCCACUCUUUCUCUUUUUAGAUAA